AUGGAUCUCGACAUGGACGACUACAUGGACCCCUACGAGGAGGCCGAGGCCGAGGCCGCCGCGGAGGCCGCCGGCGUGACCGGCCCAGUCGCCGCAUCCGCGGACGAGGAGUCGGACGGCGAGGACGACUCGGAGGCCGAGAGCGACUACGAGGAGAAGUCCUACGGCCUUCUCAAGUCCGGCAAACACCGGGUGCGCAACCCGGACGGCACCUUCCGCUGCCCCUUCUGCCCCGGCAAGAAGAAGCAAGACUACAAGCUCAAGGACCUCCUCCAGCACGCCGACGGCAUCGGCAUCUCCAGCAAGCACCGCCGCCACGGCCGGGAGCGUGCCUUCCACCGUGCCUUUGCCCGCUUUGUCCGCGCCGACCCGUCCUUUGCGCAGGAGCUCUCCACUAUCGUUGGGAUUCCGGGUGCCACUCCAUCUGCCACUGCUAAUGCAGAUGCCUCUGACAAAGGAAAGGCCAUUGCCAAUGGCCACACCAGUGGAUCCAGUCCCGUGGCAGUGGAUAAGGGACCACCACAGGAUGGCGAAGAGAAGUUUGCUUGGCCAUGGUGUGGAAUUCUUGCAGCCGGUGCAGGGUUCAAUGCUGAAAGCUUUGCAGAUAGAGUGGCCAUGUUUAGUCCAGAAGACAUCGUGCCUUUAGUUUUCGAUGACACAGAAAACUCGGAAUGCUUUGCAAUUGUGCGGUUUAGUCCUGGCUGGGGUGGGUUUAGUGACGCUCUCGCACUUGAGAACCAAUUCAGUGUAAAUAAGCUCGGGAAGAAGGAAUGGGAGGCAUGGAGCAGUUGUGGAGGUGCUGUGGACGGUGAGGAGAACGAGAAUGGUGAGGUUAAGGUUUAUGGUUGGGUUGCCCGAGAGGUGGACUACACUGCUGAGGGUUUGGUGGGAAGAUACUUGAGGAAGCAUAUUGACAUUAAGACCAUAGAUGAGAUUACCAAGAGUCAGAGGGAGCCAUUGGGGAAGAUUGUGGCAGCACUGGCAACUCAGCUCGAGGCAAAGAACCAAGACUUGCAGGAUCUGGAGACAAGGAAGAAUGCAACAGAAUUCUCCAUUGCAAGGCUUGAGGAGGACAAUAGGAGGCUGCAUGAGGCAUAUAAUGAAGAAAUGCGCAAGCUGCAUCGCAAGGCUCGUGACAAUGCUCUGAGGAUUUUCCAGGACAAUGAAAAUUUGAAGCUUGAAAUAGAAAAUAACAAGAGAGAAAUGAUUUUGCGUGCUAAGCAGCUGGAGAAGUUGUCAAUUGAGAAUGCCAACGACAGGAAAAAACUUGCAGAACUUUCUGAUGAGAAGCAAAAGGCAAAAGACGAUAAAAGUGAACUUGAGCUGGCAAGUAUAGAGCAGCAGAGGAAUGAUCAAGAUAUUUUGAAGCUAGUCGAGGACCAGAAGAGGGAAAAGGAGGAUGCCCUCGCAAGAAUGCUUGAGCUGGAAAAGGAGCUGCAUGAGAAACGAGAACUUGAGCUCGAAGUGACGCGAUUGAAUGGCACACUCCAAGUGAUGAAACAUUUGGAAGGAGACGAUGAUGGGGAUAUUCAUGACAAGAUGGAGAAGCUUAGUGAAAAGCUAGAGCAUGAAAGGAAACGCCUGGAAGAGCUGAGCGGAGAGCUGGUGAGGAAAGAGCGUGAAAGUAAUGAUGAGUUACAGGAGGCCCGAAAAGAAUUGAUAAUGGGUUUGGAGGACAUACUCAGUGGGCGAACAGCUAUCGGUAUCAAAAGGAUGGGCGAACUUGAUGAAAGACCUUUUCAGAAUGCAUGCAAGAGGAAAUAUGGAAAUGAUGAUUAUGAGACGAGGGCAGCAGAGCUGGUCUCGAGUUGGCAGGAGGAGAUAAAGAAGCCAGCCUGGCAUCCUUAUAAGUUUGUUAAGGCUGAAGACGGAAGUGACAAGGAAGUUGUAAAUGAUGAGGACCCAAGACUGAAGCAAUUGUGGAUCGAAUAUGGUGACGAUGUGUGCAAUGCAGUGAAGACCGCUCUGAGCGAAGUAAACGAGUACAACCCGAGCGGAAGGUACGUGGUGUCAGAGCUGUGGAAUUUCAGGAAAAACCGUAAGGCGACGAUGAAAGAGGUGCUGAGGUUCAUCUUCCAGCAGAUGGAGGUGCCCGGCAAGCGCAGGAGGGGUUGA